AUACCCUUUUAACCUUUAGGCCAAAGGGAGUAUAUGAAAAUAACCUAAGGUUAUUGAAAAGGGCUUUUAUUUCAGGGUUUCCACUUAUAAUAUUAUUCCUCCCCAUCUAAUUUCUCAUUUUUGUAAGCCUAACUUACUUACAAUUAUGGUACUCUAAGGACAUAAUCUCACAUAAAUAGCCAAAUAGGAGAAGGAGGCCUAUCUCUUUCCCUAACAAAUCAUCUAUCAAUAUAGUUGAAGAAAGAAAGAUAUAUAGAGAGAGAAAUUAAAAUAGAUAAAAAAAAAUUAUAAUUAUGGGUAGAGGUAGAGUUGAGCUCAAGAGGAUUGAGAACAAAAUCAAUAGGCAAGUCACUUUUGCUAAGAGAAGAAAUGGUCUUCUUAAGAAAGCUUAUGAGCUUUCUAUUCUUUGUGAUGCCGAAGUUGCUCUCAUCAUCUUCUCCAACCGCGGCAAGCUCUUCGAGUUUUGCAGCUCCUCUAGUAUGGUGAAAACAAUUGAGAAGUACCAAAGGUGCAACUAUGGAGCUCUUGAAGCUAAUGGACUUCUUAACGAUUCUGAGGCUACCUACCAGGAAUAUUUGAAGAUGAAGGCCAGGGUGGAGUUCCUACAGAAAUCUCAGAGGAACUUGUUGGGCGAAGAUUUGGCACCAUUGAGCAUAAAGGAGCUAGAACAGCUGGAGCACCAGCUUGAGUUGUCUUUGAAGCAAAUUAGAUCCACCAAGACUCAACAAAUGAUGGAGCAAAUGGCUGAACUGCGAAAAAGGGAACAAGCACUAAUUGAAAACAACAGGAACUUGAUGAAGAAGUUGGAAGAAAAUGGUUCACGAUACCCUCAACGACUAGCUUGGGAAGGUGACCGUAAUCGUCAAGAACAACAACAACAACAACAACAACAACAACAACAACAACAACAACAACAGCAGCAGCAGCAGCAGCAACAACAACAACAAAGUAUCCCUUUCAGUCGAAUUCCUACUCAUCAUUCAUCUGAUCAGCCUUUCUUUCAACCUCUUUGUUGCAACCCUCCUCAGCCGCAGCAGCAGCAGCAGCAGCAGCAGCAGCAUAUUAGGUACCAUCAUAUGGAAUCAACUGAAAUAAGUGUUGCAACACCAAGCCCGCGUGUCAAUGGAUAUAAUCUCCAUGGAUGGAUGCUUUGAAAUAAUAAUAAGCUCGAUCUCGCUAAUUGUUUCGAGCUAAUCUGAUCUCCAUUUACGUACUACUCCACUUGAGUAAUUAUAUAUAUAGAUAUAUAUUUCAAGGUAAAUUUUGGGUUGUUUUUCUAUAAGCUUAAUUAGAAUUAAGUGUAAUGACUAGCUACUUUUUAAUUAUGACAAUCAAGGGCAAUUAUUUAAUAAAGAUUGUCCAUGUUCUAAUGACAUAAGUAAUGAAUGUAUACACUUAAAUCAGAGCGUGAUCACAUUCAUCCAAUCCAAACACUAGUUAUAAUUUCAUUGUAAUUGUAUGUAAAUGGAGAAGCGUAUGUAUGCUUAAUUAUCUUUCUUUUCUUCUC